AUGUUGGUCAAAGCUACUGUACUCUUCGUGAUUCUGCUGAGUAUUCAGCAUUUGUUGGCGAAGAAGACGACGCGAACAAUUCCUGGCGGAUGGCAAAACGUUUCAGUGAAUGAUCCGAAAGUGCAGGUAAGGAAUGCCGGGAAGUAUAAACAGUGAUGUAGGACUAUAUAUUAUCCAUGUUUUAAGCUAGUUUCAAAGUUAUGGUCUCUCUGACCGCUCUCCGCGUUCCACGAACUCUCUCGGCAGCAAAGACCGUUUAAUUUCUCGACGGUUCCUGCAAGCCGCAAGUUAAAAAUUUGAGGAAAUGGUAUCUGGCCUAUGCCCCAAGCGUGUGCAAAAUUUUAAAUAAAGAAAAUCUGAGCGUCGCAUUCGGGGUACUUCCCUUGCAAGUCCUAUGCCAAUUUCUGUGUUUUUGCCUCUCGCUGAAAAAGAAUAUAUGUAGUAAAUCAUAACAUUAGGGAUGAUAAGAAAUCUGUAACAGCAAGUCUAGCCUCAGAACCAACAUAAUUUAUUUUUCAGAAGCUCGCAGAAGAAGCGGUCAAGAUCUACUCAAAGUAUUUUAAUUUGGAAGAGGUCCGCUCUGCAGAACAACAAGUUGUGGCUGGCUUUAAUUACAGAAUCCACUUGAUAGCGGUUCGGCAUUUGGGGAUCAGGCACGCAAUUCACGUCCCUCUGUUCGACCAAGUCUAUGUUGAUCCGAAAGGCAAUGCUAAACAUAACGUCACUGUAGAGCAUACAUACGUAUUUUUAUACGUAUGUAUGCGUAUAACUAACCUUUCCAAAUAGUACAAUUUGCUAAACUCCAAUGUUGGUCAAAGCUACUGUACUUUUUGUACUCCUACUGGUUAUUCAGCAUUCUCUGUCAGACAAGCCACCAAAAGGCGCAUGGUUCAGUGCCUCAGUGGAUGAUCCGGAAGUGCAGGUGAGGCACCAAAUCGGUUAAAGAAAUAUAAAAUUAGAAGUGAGGCUGCAUAUUAUCCUCACCUUUGUAGCAAAACCCGCCUGCAAAUCGUAACUUCGAACACCAAGGCAUCAGCUUUAAGAGGAGCUGAAGAAUCGCAAAGGCCCUAACGUUUUAUUCAUUAUAGAACGGUUUCGCUGUACGAAAGCCCAAAGAAUGUACAUUUCGAUUUACCCUGAAAAAACUGCUUUGAGUUUUUUACCGCGAAAACUUUCAGAAGCUCGCCAAAGAAGCGGUCGACAUCUUUGGAAGACAAAAGACACACGGCAAGGUGAAUCUUACGUUAGACAGAGUUCGCUCCGCGCAACGACAAAUUGUGGCUGGCAAUAAUUACAAGAUCCACUUGGAGGCCUAUCACCAGAUCCUUCCAGACCCGUUAUUUCUUUAUGACAAAGUGUUUGUUGAUCCGAAAGGCAAAGCAAGUCAUACUGUCAUAAGGGAGGUACACAUUUGA